UACAGUGAAAGAAGAGGAAUCUUUUAGACUGAAAGAGGAAGAGGGGAUAGAGACUGUCACAGUGGAAGUAGAAGUUUUCAGAAUGAAAAAGGAGGAAGAGGAGGAUGUUACAGUGAAAGAAGAGGAAUCUUUUAGACGGAAAGAGGAAGAGGGGAUAGAGACUGUCACAGUGGAAGAAGAGGAAGUAGAAGUUUUCAGAAUGAAAAAGGAGGAAGAGGAGGAUGUUACAGUGAAAGAAGAGGAAUCUUUUAGACUGAAAGAGGAAGAGGGGAUAGAGACUGUCACAGUGGAAGUAGAAGUUUUCAGAAUGAAAAAGGAGGAAGAGGAGGAUGUUACAGUGAAAGAAGAGGAAUCUUUUAGACGGAAAGAGGAAGAGGGGAUAGAGACUGUCACAGUGGAAGAAGAGGAAGUAGAAGUUUUCAGAAUGAAAAAGGAGGAAGAGGAGGCCAUAACAUUGAAAGAAGAAGAGGAGGAUGUUACAGUGAAAGAACCUUUUGGAGUGGAAGAGGAAGCUAUCUUACGUAAAGAGGAGGAGGAAGACGUAUUGGGAGAUGAAGAGGAGGUGGAAGGAGAGGAAGAGGAAGCUAUCUUACGUAAAGAGGAGGAGGAAGACGUAUUGGGAGAUGAAGAUGAGGUGGAAGGAGAGGAAGAGGAAGCUAUCUUACGUAAAGAGGAGGAGGAAGACGUAUUGGGAGAUGAAGAGGAGGUGGAAGGAGAGGAAGAGGAGACUGAAGAUCUGAUUAACACCAGAGAUAAACCAGACUCUCACUCUGACAGCGGGAAGAGUCCUUCAGGGGAUCCAGACCCAGAGAUUCCCAAACCAGCAACACGACACAACUGCUCCCAGUGUGGAAAGAGUUUUAAGUGGUUAUGUAAGCUCAAAGAGCAUGAGAGAACACACACAGGAGAAAAGCUCUUCCAAUGCUCCCAUUGUGAAAAGAGAUUUAACCAGUCAUCACUUCUGAAAGAGCAUGAGAGGAUACACACAGGAGAGAAGCCUUUCCAAUGCUCCCAGUGUGGAAAGGGUUUUACAUGGUUAAGGCACCUAAAAGAGCAUGAGAGGAUACACACAGGAGAAAAGCCUUUCCAUUGCUCCCAGUGUGGAAAGCGUUAUACCCGAUUAGCACACCUAAAAAUACAUGAGAGAAUACACUCUGGAGUGAAGGCUUACCUCUGUUCCCAGUGUGGAAAGAAUUUUAGGUGGUUAGAGAACCUGAAGCAGCAUGAAAGGACACACACGGGGGAGAAGCCUUACCAUUGCUCUCAGUGUGGAAAGGAUUUUACCACAUUAGGGAACGUAAAAGAGCAUAAGAAGAAACACACAGGAGAAAAACCUUUACAAUGUUCCCAGUGUGGAAAGAGAUUUACACAUUUAGGAAAUCUAAAAAGGCACGAAGGAAUACACACAGGAGAAAAACUCUACCACUGCUCUCAGUGUGGAAAGAGUUUUACCCAGUUAGGGUAUUUGAAAAAACAUGAGAAAAUACAUUCUGAAGAGAAGCCUUAUCCCUGUUCCCACUGUGGAAAGAGUUUUAGGUGGUUAGGGGACCUGAAAGAGCAUGAAAGGACACACACAGGGGAGAAACCUUACCAUUGCUCCUUGUGCGGAAAGGAUUUUACCAAGUUAGGGAACCUAAAAGAGCAUAAGAAGAAACACACAGGAGAAAAGCCUUACCAAUGCUCCAUGUGUGAAAAGACUUUUACGCAGUUAGGGGGCCUGAAAUAUCACGAGGGCACACACACAGAAAAAAAGGCCUACCACUGCUCUCAGUGUCAAAAGAUAUUUACCCGAUUAGGGAACCUGAAAAAGCAUGAGAGAAUACACACACUCAGGUGAGGAUAAGACCGUCCACUGCUCCCAGUGUAGAAAGAGUAUAGGUCAGUUAGGGAACCUGAAAGAGCAUGAAACACACAUACAGCAGAGAAGCCUUACUGCUGCUCUAAUUACGGAAAGACAUUUUCCCGGUCAGAGGGCCUGAAAUCACAUGACAGAAUAGAGGCUGUGUUCUGAAAUGUGUGUUUUGUUUAUACCACAUGAAAUCAUAUUGUUUAUAUGAAAUCAUGUUGUUUAUAUGAAAUCAUGUUUAUAUGAAAUCAUGUUUUGAUUCUGAUUCUGAUUGAUGGAACCCUUAGAUGUUCAUAAUUGUGUUCCAAUUGUUCAUUAUAUAUUUUGGCGCUCCCGAGUGGUGCAGCAGUCUGAGGCACUACAUCUCAGUGCUUGAGGCGUGCACUACAGACCCUGGUUCGAUUCCAGGCUGUAUCACAACCGGCCGGGAUUGGGAGACCCAUAGGGCGGCUCAAAAUUGGCCCAGCAGCGGUCGGGUUAGGGUUUGGACAGGGUUUGCCGUCAUUGUGAAUAAGAAAUCGUUCUUACCUGACUUGUUUAGUUAAUGGUUAAUUAUUUUUUAUAUUUUUUAUUAUUAGAUGUUCAUUAAUACGAAUUGGAUAUAUUCAAAAUGUAAAUUAUAAAUGGAUGAAUAGAAUGAUAUUUUAAAUAUACUUUUUUUUAUUCUAACCUUAACCUCUCAUGAGUGUGGCCGUGUCAUCUGACCGUGCCACCGAUUCUAAUCCAAGUGCCAAAGAACUGUACCCAGUACCACAACAUUUUAGCCAAAAGCCUGGUUGCCUCUGCCAGGAGGCUGACACUUGAGGCCACUGUGUUCUUGGGAACCUUCAAUGCUGCAGACAUUUUUUGGUACCCUUCGCAGAUCUGUGCC